AUUAGCACACUGACAGAGUUUCAGCACUGCAGAGCUGCCUCUCUGUCUUCAGCCGCUCUCGUUUGCAAUGUGUUUUGGUGAAAGACGGGCAGACGAGGAGGAUCAGCGUGACAGAAAUCCUUUGACGGAUGAGGGAAAAAGAGGAUUUCUUUCCCGUUCAGUGAUUCCAGCGCAGAUUUGAGAAGCUCUUGCGACCUCACUGAGGGUUCCUCCAGUCUGUGAGCCGGUGGGCGUUUGACAGCUUCCCCUCCCUCGUUUCUCCCUCUUUACUUCGUUGGAUCUGGCCAAUCGGCACCCAAGAAGAUCCGGUCACAUGACGCUGCCCCCCUUCCUGGUUGCCAUGACAAUGAGCGCCGGUCCAGGCAGCAUCUUGGUGUGAUGAGAAGAGGAGGGGGGGCAGGAGGAGAGGCAGACAGAGAGGUGGAAAAAGAAGGAAAAGAUAAAAGAGAAGAAUCCCAGCCUGAGGAACACAUAUUUGAACGUAGAGCUUGUGUUUGUCUUUACUCAGUGCAAAUGAAGAUGCUUGAGGCUGGAAGUUAAAGCCCUCCACCAGAGAGAGGCUCUUACAGGGCUGGGGCUGGACCCAAAGCCCCCUGCCCUAUAGGGUGGGGUGAAGGGCCCUCACAGCCCUUCGCGAGUCUGGACCAUGGGGGAUGGAGGUGCUGGUGCAGCUGGAGGAGAUGGGGUGAAUAAAUCCCAUGUCCUGUUUGACAACUUUGUCCAGGCAACCACAUGCAAAGGCAUACUCAAGGCCUUCCAGGAGCUCUGUGAACACCUGGAAGUCAAGCCCAGCGAGCACAGGAUCUUCUAUCACAAGCUCAAGUCCAAACUUAACUACUGGAAGGCUAAGGCGCUCUGGGCAAAGUUAGACAAGAGAGCCAGCCAGAAGGAGUACAAGAAAGGACGUGCCUGUGCCAACAUAAAGUGUCUGAUCAUCGGUGCGGGGCCAUGUGGCUUGCGUACGGCCAUCGAGCUGGCUUUUUUGGGGGCCAAAGUGGUCAUUCUGGAGAAGAGAGAUGCCUUCUCCAGAAACAAUGUGCUGCACCUCUGGCCCUUCACAAUCCAAGAUCUCAGGGGCCUUGGGGCCAAGAAAUUCUAUGGGAAGUUCUGCGCUGGUGCUAUUGACCAUAUCAGUAUUCGUCAGCUUCAGCUAAUGCUGCUCAAAAUGGCUCUCCUGCUGGGCAUUGAGAUCCAUGUCAAUGUAGAGUUUAAGGCCCUUAUCGAACCCCCUGAAGAUCAAGAGAGUGAAAGUAAGCAACUUCAGUUUUUGCCAGACAAGCCCACGAAAAGGAUAGGCUGGAGGGCCGAGGUCCACCCCAGGACACACCCUGUCAGUGAGUUGGAGUUUGAUGUCAUCAUUGGAGCAGAUGGAAGGAGAAACACACUACCAGGGUUUCGUCGUAAGGAGUUCCGGGGAAAGCUGGCUAUCGCCAUCACCGCUAACUUCAUCAACAGGAAUACAACGGCAGAGGCAAAGGUUGAGGAGAUCAGCGGCGUAGCCUUUAUCUUUAAUCAGAAGUUCUUUCAAGAUCUCAGGGAGGCAACGGGUAUUGACCUGGAAAAUAUUGUCUACUACAAGGACGACACACAUUACUUUGUGAUGACUGCCAAAAAACAGAGCCUGUUGGAGAAAGGAGUCAUUCUGCGUGACUACGCAGACACCGAGCUGCUCCUGUCCAGAGCUAACGUGGACCAGGCCGCCUUGCUGUCUUAUGCGCGUGAGGCUGCGGAUUUCUCCACCAGCCACCAGCUGCCUACAUUGGACUUCGCCAUCAACCAUUAUGGCCAGCCAGAUGUUGCCAUGUUCGACUUCACCUGCAUGUACGCCUCGGAGAACGCUGCCAUGGUGCGCCAACGCAGUGGUCACAAUCUGCUGGUGGCGCUUGUCGGUGACAGCUUGCUGGAGCCGUUCUGGCCCAUGGGCACCGGCAUCGCUCGAGGUUUCCUGGCAGCCAUGGACUCGGGCUGGAUGGUGAAGAGUUGGGCCCAAGGAAAAACCCCUCUAGAGGUUCUAGCUGAGAGAGAGAGCAUAUACCGACUUCUGCCUCAGACAACACCAGAAAAUGUCAGUAAGAACUUUAGCCACUACAGCGUGGAUCCCACCACACGUUACCCAAACAUCAGCCUUAACUUCCUCAGGCCCAGUCAGGUCAGGCACCUCUUUGACACGGGGGUGUGCCGAGAAAUUCGCAUUGAAAUUGAGAACGUGAUCAACUCGUCCACACCAAAGUUGGCCAGGAAUGACUAUUACCUGCUUGACAAACAGUUGCAAGAAUCCAUCGCUCGAUCCAGUAAACUGCUCAACUGGUGCCAGAGACAAACAGAAGGAUACAGGAAUGUUUAUGUGAUGGACCUUACCAUGUCUUGGAAGAGCGGCUUGGCGCUGUGUGCCCUCAUUCACCGAUACAGACCGGAUCUCAUUGACUUCGACUUCCUGGAUGAGCAAGACCACGAGAGGAACAACCAGUUGGCUUUCGACGUGGCAGAGAAGGAAUUUGGCAUCUCGCCGUGCAUGACCGGCAAGGAGAUGUCGUCUGUGGUUGAGCCCGACAAACUCUCCAUGGUCAUGUACCUCACUCAGUUUUAUGAGAUGUUUAAGGACACAGUGCCACCUGGAGACAACCACAACUUGAGUCCAGAGGAGAAAGCUGCAUUGAUUGCCAGCACAAAGUCCCCCAUCUCUUUCUUUAGCAAGCUGGGUCAGAGCAUAGCYAUCUCCAGGAAGCGAAACCCUAAGGACAAAAAAGAGAAGGACGUGGACGGUUUGGGGAAAAGACGAAAAACCAGCCAGUCUGAAGAUGAGGAAGUAUCCAGGACUGGUUGUGAUGACAGGCCGUCUGUCCCUGCUGUUUUGUCCGAGAGAAAAAUGGACUCYGCUGCCGUGGGGAAUAACAACAAAGUGAAGGUCAUGGCCACUCAGCUGCUCGCCAAGUUUGAAGAGAACGCCCCAGCCCAGCCUUCAGGGCUCAAAAGACAGGGGGAAUCUCUACCCAAUCUGGACUGYCUCUUGUCCUUUUCCCCACCACAAAACCCCGUGAAAGAGCCGGUGCGCCUUGCACCUGUCCCGGCUUGGAGAAAGAGACGCACACAGCAGCAGGAGAAGCUGAGCAUUCGCUACAAAGAAAUGAUCAAAUGUCAGACACUGCCCACCAGAGGGGAACAGGCCAGAAGUGGUGCGGAGCAAAUGUCCAGCUCAGGCUCUCGGAGCUGCCCAAAGAAAACCAUUCUGCUCCCUUCGUCCUCCUCCACCUCCUCGCUCUCRCUUCACUCCGAGAAUAUCUGUCCUGAAGAAGAGGAACUUGAAUAUUAUGAAAGGCCUCUGAURCACGGGAGAUUAGCUACAUGCAAUAAAACCACAAGCAGCGUCUCAUCCGAGCUCCCUUGGCAGGAGUUGAGGCCGUUGCACCAAACUGAGCCAGAACCCAUCCACAUCCCUGGUAUACAGGAGAGGGCAGAGCGCCUAAUCUCAAGGUUUAAGGGCAAACCUAAGAMGCCACCAAAGCCGAAGAAAAAGCCGUCCCGUUUCUUUUUAGAGCAGUGGCACAUGUCGCGAGGACUGAACGCCAGCCCAGCUUCACCACUGUCUUCUCCAGACGCCCCCAGAAAGGAGCCAGUGAGGCCUCUGGACUYGGGCCAGUUGCCUAUAUUUGUGCUUAGUAUUCAGGAGAGAGCUGAGCAGCUUGCCUCUCAAUUGGAAGGCAAGCGAGUYGGCCCACAGCCUAAGAAAAAACCUUCCCGUUUUUUUAUGGAACAAUGGCACCUGGCCCGAAACCAGAGUCCCCCCGAUUCUCCCCCCUCCACCUCUGACACCUUGAGACAGCACUGUGUCAGGAUGUACACGGGAGGAGUUAGCACACUGGCUGAGCAAAUAGCCAAUCAGCUUCAGUCUCAGGAAGAGUCCAGGCCCAGUCCUGCGCCUGAACACAGGGAUUUGGGCUCCCUUAGAAAAGAAUUCCCGGCCAACAUCGGAGGCAGCGAUGUCUGCUUCUUCUGUCGAAGGCGUGUGUACGUCAUGGAGAGGCUGAGCGCAGAGGGGAAGUUCUUCCACCGCACCUGCUUCAAGUGCGACUACUGUGGGACGACGCUACGACUCUCCUCCUACGCCUUCGAUGUGGAGGAUGGAAAAUUUUACUGCAAACCUCACUACUGUUACCGGCUGUCUGGUUACGCUCAGAGAAAGCGGCCUGCUCCCUCCCCGGCUCCAGUCUCAGCUAAGGACAGCCAGACGCCCCAAACUCCCACGGUGACUGUCGAUGCCCCCGGAAGGGCGGCGGCAGCAGCUGCAGCUCCCUCAGCUGAGCUCCAACCCUCAGCCCUGGAAGUCAACGGCCUGCAGGAGCCCAGUUUGGCCAAACGUCUGCGUGGAACUCCGGAGCGCAUUGAGCUGGAGAACUACCGUCUGUCCCUUCAGAGGGAGGAGGAGCUGGAGGAGGUGCCCGAGGAGACGCUGGCAGAACACAACCUCAGCAGUGUGCUGGACAAACCCACAGAUGUGGACCUGGGAUCCAGUUCAGAGUCCGACAUGGAGGAGGAGGACGAGCAGGAGGAGGCGGAGGUAGAGGAGCAGCUCCCCAGCCCCUCCGACCUCGGUGGYGUUCCCUGGAAGGAGGCGGUGGAGCUCCACGCCAAGCUGCGAGGCGACCACGACGGGGAGGCAGAGGGCGAAGCUCUGGACGACGCCGCCAGCAGGGACGGAGAUCUGGAGGAAGACGAAGAAGAGGAAGAGGAGGAUGAGGAGGAAGAUGAGGACGAAGAAGACGAAGAAGAUGAUGAAGAAUCUAGUGAAGAGGGGGAUUACUGCCCCUGGGAUAAAGAGCUCCAGUCAGGCCUGUGGCUGGAGAAGUGUCUUACAGAUGAAGAAGAUGUUGGUACAUUUAAAGCCAGGAACAUACACAUCCAACAAGUCCUGCAGCCGGUGGAUCCCAGCGUCAUUCCAGGUUUGACGAGACCACGCCUGGACUCUGAGGGAGACGAGGACGGCCCGUUGGCCCCGCCCCUCCAACCCUCGCAGCCCUCUGAGCUCACACAGCCCUCCUCCACAGCCCCUGCCCACACAUCCACCCGUCAUGACGCAGUGAGAGUCUGGUUGGAGUCCUUGUCUGGAGAACUCUGUGAAGAUGAAGACCUGGAGGCUGAAGCAGGCAGUCCAGAUAUGGAGCCUGGGACUGAGUUGGAUCAGGACGACAUCCCUUCAGAUGCAGAAGCUGAGGCUCGUUUGCAUCAGUCAGAGUUAACUGAAGCUCCUGUUCACGAAAACAGAGGAGAAGAAAGUGAGGGGAUGGCCUCCAGUGUUGACCUGUCGAGCAGUGGCCCGGUGCUGGAGGAAGAUAUUCUUUCUCCUCUCAAACCAUCCCCAGAUCCUAAAACAGAUGUGACUCCGGUGAAGUCUCCUGGCAUCCGCUUUUUCACAGAUCCGUUCCUCCCUGAUAAAGCAACGCCUGAGAAGACAAGCGUGUCCCCACCAGUCAGGAGCCCACUGAGCCCGUCACCAGCACCCUCUCCGCUUUCUGCUUCUGCCUCUUCACCUACUCUUACUGUCCCAGCCUCCCCUUCUUCCCCGGUGAAGCCAGCCUGCAAAUCGUCUGUCAAAUCCCCCGUCAAGUCGUCGCCCACCUCACCGAUCCGCUCUCAGCCCGUCCCACUGCCAGAGACUCGCACACCCAAAUCACCAGUCUACCCUCACCGCUCCAUCUGUCCUCUCACGGGAAACCCCCUUUCUCCGAUCUGCGCCCAGCCUCUGCCCUGCCACGAGCCCUCGUCACCCCUCACUUCCGACUCCCCCGUCAGAACUCAGCCGGUCCCUGCGGUCACUUCCACACCCGUGGCUAAAACAGACAAGGCCAUAAGUGAGCCUUCCAAGUCUUCAGAUUCCUCAGUGGAAGAGAAUACGUCUAAAAAGGCAGAUAUAAUUGAGGAGUUUUGGUUAAAGAGUGCCGAGAUAAGGAAGAGCCUUGGUUUGUCUCCUUUAGACCGCAGCAGUAAGAUCCUGGAGAAGAGUCCAAAGGAGGAGCCCACCCCUGCUAAGACACAGUCACCAGGUGUGUCUCAGGAACAGAAACCCGCUUUUGCCGGCCGCACCGUCAUUCGCCGACUGAACAUCACGCUCGAGGGUCAAGUCAUUACUCCCAUUGCUCCUGCAGAGGCCAAGAGCGAUGGCUUGGAUAUUAGGGAUGUCAGCAGCAGCUCGGGUUUGGGACUGAACGGCAGCACGGCCACGAGCCAAACGGUGAACAGCGACAGCUACAACACGUCGGACUCCACCAUGCUCACCCCACCCUCCAGUCCGCCGCCACCCGUGCCCGCCAAUCAGUCUCCAGCUGUGCUCAGGCAGCAGAGGCACCAAGUCUCCUGGAGCAACGGAGCGGGAAAACCUCCAUCGGAACGUGCCAAAGAGCCAGCGAAAUCCAAGACUCCCGUUCCCGCUCCCAGGACUCAGCUGAGCCCCGUGUCUGUGCCCAAACCCGCUCCGAGGAAAGUUUCCUCCCCCGAGGCGGCGCCCGAAACCGUUCCCGUGGUUGUAAUGAGGGAGAAGAAGAAGCCUCGACCGGCUGAGGUGAGAAAAUCCUUUGUUGAGACAGUUGAGGAGAUUCCGUUUGCGGAUGAUGUAGAGGAGGCUUACGAUGAGCGGACGCCUGCAAAAAGCACGAAGGAGCAUUAUAAUCCACCGCCCAGCAAGCCCUGCAAACCUCCACUACAUUUGGCUCUAGCAAUGGAAAACGGGAAGCCGAAUAUCCCCAUCAACCCAGUUUCCAAGAUCCAAAGGGCAACGCAGUUUUCUCCAGAAGCCAAAGAGAUCGCCAAGGAGAGAAUUAUGGCAAGAGAAAAGUCGGUGAAGAGCCAGGCUCUAAAAGAUGCCAUGGCCAAGCAGCUCAGCAAAAUGAAAGAAUCUGACACAGACAAGGGUGCCUCACCCAAAGUGGCCUGGGGCGCAACCCCAGAUUCGGCCGGGAAAACAAAAAAGUCCGCCACGUCUCCAAAAACGUCCGCUGUGAAAGCGUUGGAGUCGAAGAAGGCCGAUGCCGCGCCCGAGCGCUUCUUCAGCAGCAACAAGAGUCUGGACAGCUCCGUGGCCUCCUCAGAUGGCUCAACUCUGAGUAAAAGCAAGAAGCGAAGCUCCCUCUUCUCGCCUCGCAAGAACAAGAAAGAGAAGAAGGCCAAGAAUGACAGCAGCAGAAACUCGGGCACAGAGGAGACGCCGCCCAAACACAAGUCGCUGUGGAAAGCGGUCUUUUCAGGGUACAAGAAGGACAAGAAGAAGAAGGACAAUAAGUCGUGUCCAAGCACUCCGUCGUCCAGCUCCACCACUCAGGACUCUGGGAAGAAAAGAAUGUCACCUCUUGGGAGGUCUUCAGACUUGAAAUUACGCAGAAACUUGAGCGUGUCGGAGGACUCGGACCUGUCGUGUGACGACGUUCUGGAGAGGUCAUCCCAGAAAUCAAAGGCCGAUUCUGUUUAUGUUCCUCACGCACUGGCGUUCAAGAGAUCGUACGCCACAAAGAAAACCUACACAGAGGAAGAGCUGAAUGCCAAACUCACGCGGCGAGUACAGAAAGCUGCGCGGCGGCAAGCGAAGCAGGAGGAGCUCAAAAGGCUUCAUAGAGCCCAGAUCAUUCAGAGACAGUUGGAGCAGGUAGAGGAGAAGCAGAGGCAGCUGGAGGAGAGAGGCGUGGCUGUGGAGAAAGCUCUAAGAGGAGAAGCAGGAUUGUAUAAAGGUACUUAUACAUUACCCAAACAGCACAAAAGAAGAUCAGACUAUUGGGGAGAUUCUAAUUACAGUGAAAUCCUGGACAUGCAUCUGGGCGUUGAGCCCUUAGUGGGGAUGCCUCGCCGAAGACCGCUCUCCCUCUGCCCUUGCUGGUCCUCUGAAGGAAUGGGGAAGAAGGACGACCCCAAACUAAUGCAAGAGUGGUUCAAGCUGGUGCAGGAGAAGAACGCUCUGGUCCGCUAUGAGUCAGAGCUCAUGAUAUUACCAUUUGAAAACUGAGAAGGAGCUUGCUCAAGAAAAGCAGAUCCUGAACGAGAUGUUGGAGGUGGUGGAGCAGCGCGAUGCCCUCGUCGCCCUCCUGGAAGAACAGAGACUCCGGGAGAAGGAGGAAGACAAGGACCUGGAGGCUGUCAUGCUCUCGAAAGGAUUUAAUCUUAACUGGGCCUAAUAAGAGCGUUAGAACUGCUCAUUAAGUUUUAGGGAAAAGGGGGAUUUUACUUCUCAAAGGCAUUGUCAGCCUUGCACUCUUUUCUUUUUCUGACUUUUCUUCUAAACAGGGAUGCAAGCAGUUAGUCUAAAACUGUCACACCUACAGCAGUGAAUGUGUAAAUAUCCUUCCUACACAACACACACACACACACACCGUAGCUGCCUCUGACACUGAAGCAGUCUGCAGCGUUUACAUAUCCUCUGCCUAAAGGCAGUCAAGUUAAUCACUUUGCAAUUUUGUUCCUCUCCCUCUGUGUGGGAGGAGAGGAGAGUACAAAUUCACAACUUUAUCAUCCCAGCCUUGAAGUGGAUCCUUUCAAGUAAGAGGGGCUGUUGGGASAAAGUGUAAAGACUUCACUCUGAUUAUAUAAAGGGAAGAAUGCGGUUCAGUCCUGCUGAUGUAAAGGAAUUGUAAAGAAUACUGUGUUUUUUGUGUGUGUGUGUAUAGCUGUGUAAGGCGAGUCAUCUUUCAGCAAAGGGUUCCCUCUUUUCUACAAAGGACUGCUACAGAGGUGUGGAAAAACCACAGCUACAUUUUCAGGCUGAUUAUAGGAUCGACACCCUCUGCUGAAGCUGCCUUUCUUUCCUGUGAAAAAUGGAGUUUAGCAUCCUAAUGAACCACAAAUAUGCCCCGAAAGGCUUUUUUUUUUCUUCAUAUUUUAUUCCCACAGUGUUCAGUGAGUCAACACUAAGAAUCCAUCAUCUCUGGAUUUUUUUUAUCUAUUUGUCUUUAUUUGCUUUUAACAGAUGAACAGUUUUCUUCAUGCAUUCACAGGAGAGUGCCCAGAAUCUCAUUAUCUUCCACUUGUGCGUAACCCUUGUGCACUCCUAAGCCAUUGUGCGUCUGUGAAGGUGGCUUGCAGGCAYGUACAGUAGAAGGACCUGACAUUUCUUUAAACAUUUCACAGGACUUUGAAAACGCCGGGUCUCUGCGUAUCACGUUGACGGUUGAAGUUUACAAACACUCGUUCAAUAUUGGAUUUUUGUUGGCUCCCGCGAUGGAAGGCGGGAUCGAAAAAAAAAGAAAGAAAUCUUGGAAAGAAUAGUAUUAAUGGUGUGACCUCAUUAUAUCACAGUUCUUAAAGGGAGAACAGUGUAGUUCAUUUCACUCACUUCGUGCCACAGGAUGUUCUCUGUGUGGAUAUGCUGUGAUAUUACACCAUACGCACACUACACAACAAUCACACAGCAGUGUACAGCAGUGGUGAUACUGUCUCUUUGAAGAAGAUGCCUUCUAAGUUUUGUUCUCCACAUUCAGUUUUUUUGUUUUAAGUUCAGUUUGUUUUUGUCGCUUUUGUGAAUCCCACUGGAACUAAACAUUUUUACUACUUUUCUGCUAAACAUUUUUGUAAAACAUGCCCCCCUCCCCCAACCAAAAAAUAAAAAAGUUAAUUAUUUAAAAUGGGGAUUUAAGGAAUCUAAAUUUUGCAUCGAGCAUCAUUGGUUAUCCAGUGGGUAAUCUAAUCCGAAAGUCUAUUAUUUUGUAUGAUUUUUUUUUUUGAGAACUGUACAAAACUAAGAGGCUAUAUUUAUGAGCUGUGGAUAAAAAAAGUUACAUAAUUUUAAAGGCUGAUGUUUUAGAUGGUGUGUGAAAAGUUUGACUUGAUUGUACUGAUAUUUAUUAACAUGUGUGCAAAUUGUAUUAUAUGUAAAGAAAAUGAAUCCUAAUUUUUAAACUGUUCUGUUGACACAUUGACUUGUAUUGUAAAAUGCUUCAUGUAGCUAAAAUGCAUAGGGGUGUUGGAUGUAUGCUGAAAAUGGCAAUAAAACAAUGCAGUUUUUCUUUUA